CCACCUUGUUGUCAUGGUGCUGUUGCUGAUGAGAUUAGACCCUCCUUGCUGAUAACCAGCACACUGUAGAGCUGGCACAGUUGCUGCUAGAGACAGUCCACAGACCAAGACAUCCCAUAAGCAGAAGCCUGUUUCUGCUUCACAAAGAUAAUUCAAUUUGCAGACAUGGAUCAACGGCAGAAAACACCAGUUGACAAAAAAGACGUCAUUAUCAUUGGAGGGGGUUUGUCAGGGUUGUCUGCUGCCAAGCUGCUGAAAGAGGCUGGUGUGAGUGUGGUGGUGCUUGAAGCCAGAGAUCGUGUGGGUGGAAGAACCCUCACUGUGAAGGGUCCUCAGUUCCAGUAUGUGGAUCUUGGGGGUGCCUAUGUUGGGCCCACCCAGAAUGGAAUCCUGCGGCUUGCCAAGGAACUGGGGGUGCAGACCUACCUCGUCAAUGAGAAGGAGCAGCUCAUCCAUCACGUGAAGGGCAAGACGUACCCUUUCAGGGGGGCCUUCCCGCCCAUGUGGAACCCCAUUGUCUACAUGGAUUACAACAGUCUGUGGAGGACGCUGGAUGACAUGGGGGAGGAGAUCCCUUGUGACGCCCCCUGGAGUGCUAGGCAUGCCGUGCAGUGGGACAACAUGACCAUGAAGGAGCUCAUUGACCAGCUGUGCUGGACAAGGGCAGCCAAGGAGUUUGCCACACUGUUUGUCAAUGUGAAUGUAACCUCUGAACCACACGAGGUGUCAGCACUCUGGUUUCUGUGGUACGUGAAGCAGUGUGGAGGAACGAAGAGGAUCUUUUCAACUUCUAAUGGAGGGCAGGAGAGAAAAUUUGUUGGUGGAUCGGGGCAGAUCAGUGAUCGAAUGGCAGGGCAGCUCGGGGAUGGGGUGAGGCUGAACCAGCCUGCAGUUAGACUGACUCAGACUGAAGCAGCUGUCUAUGUGGAAACUCUACAUGGAGACAAAUAUGAGGGUGCCUAUGUCAUUAGUGCCAUCCCUCCAGGCUUGAGCAUGAAUAUCCACUACGACCCUCCGCUGCCCCCUGUGCGGAACCAGCUGAUCCAGCGAGUCCCAAUGGGGUCCAUCAUCAAAUGCAUGAUGUAUUACAAGCAGGCCUUCUGGAGGGACAAGGGGUACUGUGGAACAAUGAUGAUUGAAGAUGAGGAAUCACCGAUUUCAAUGACACUGGAUGACACCAAACCCGAUGGAUCUUGUCCUUGUAUCAUGGGAUUUAUUUUGGCCAGAAAGGCAAGGCAUCUCAUCCACCUAAGCAAAGAUGAGAGAAAAGAAAGAAUCUGUCAGAUUUAUGCACAAGUUCUUGGCACUAAAGAAGCACUUCAUCCUGUUCACUAUGAAGAGAAGGACUGGUGUGAAGAGCAGUACUCAGGGGGGUGCUACAGUGCCUACUUCCCCCCAGGAACCUUCUGUCAGUUCAGCAGAGUUCUUCGAGAGCCGUUUGGCAGACUAUACUUUGCCGGCACGGAGACAGCGACGAGGUGGAGUGGAUACAUGGAUGGGGCGGUGCAGGCAGGGGAGAGGGCUGCCAGAGAGGUGCUACAUUCUAUGGGAAAAAUCUCAAAAGCUGAAAUCUGGACUGAGGAUCCUGAAUCCAAGGAAGUUCCGUCUCAGCCAAUCACAGCGAGUUUCCUGGAGGAGCACCUGCCCUCUGUCCCAGCGUUCCUCACAGUGAUGGGCGUCUCCACGGUUCUCAUUGCUACAGUCACCGCUCUUGGCAUGGCUGCAUUCAAGAAGGACCUCCACUUACAUCUAUUUAAUUUAAUCUGAUUUUACCACAGCGUGUGCCCUGAUUGUGUUGUAUUGUAUUGGAAUGUCGUGAAUACGUUAUCUUUAUUUCAUUUACAUUCCAGUAACCCCCAAACUAGGUCAUGUUUACUCCUGUUUUAAUUCUACUAUUUAGUACCUGGCUGUGUCUUAAUUCACACUCUCCUCGAAACACAUGCAUCACUGUGUACUUGUCUCCCUUGCUCUCAAGCUACAAAAGUAGAUCACGCCUGAGACACACUUUUUACCCAUGCUGCAUCAGGUUAAAGUGAACUGGCCAGCAGGUUCACAAGUAAAGAGGUUCUAGCUGACUUCAGUAAUCCCCUGGUUUUAUAAGCACAUCUUUUACAUUAAACAACAGGGACCAAAUAAGUUGUUACACCUGACAUGUCAUGCCAUUAAACUGGAGAAUACAUCAAAGUUGGCUGAUAAUGUGCCAUAAAAAUAUUUUUGUUUACUGUCUGUUACACCUAAGGAUAACAUGUUCUAAACUGUAGUAUACAUUAGCAUGUCCCCACAUAAAAUAUAAUGCCCCACAAAAUACAUUUGCGAUGUUUGUGGUACUCUGGUGAAUCUUCUUAAUUCGCAUGGACAAAAAGCUGAAUCCAGCAAAUCUGGAUGGCAGAGCGAUUCACAGUUCGUGGGGACAAGUUUGAUAUUUUCUUCUUUUUUAGCAACGGUGAGCAUGCCUUUAAAUGUUUACUCUGGUCUUUUUAAAGGAGAACCAAGCUUGUUACUUUAUAGCUAGAAAGAAAAUAUACAAUUAUGCACAGCAAUUUCCUGGUUACACAGUGAUUGCUUGUUGCUUGCAAAAGGCUACUGGGAAAUGGAGUUCUUUGAAACUUGCAAUCGCUGUCUUCUAAGAGUCGCUUGAGAACAUCAAGCAUGCAGGCAAAGCAUCGGACACUUCUAAAUAAUGUUCUAGAACUAAACUGCAGUAGAUGCCGCUUACUAGCAACCUCUCGGUUCCCAGCAAAAGGUUGUUAUAAACCGAACGUUGUUAUUAAGAGAAAAGCCACAUUUUCAAGUGUGUGUAUAUGGAAAAAUGAUGUAUACUAUAGUUUUAGAAACAGCACACUGAAAUACACGUCUUGGUUCAUUACUGUGAUAAAAAAUAAACACGAAAAACACCAAAUAUCAGAACAAACAACUGUUUACUAAUACUACACAGAUGUGUAAAACCAAAAAGUAUACACAGUACUGUAUUGUACAACAACGUACUAUCAAUAUCCUUAAAAACAGUAAACACUCUUGGUAUACAGGACUUACAUUUGUAGCCAAUUUGAAAAUGCGGUAUACAACAGAUUUUGAGAUGGCAAACUUUUCUGCUACCCGUACUUGUUCAGCACCGGGUUCACGUAGUGCCUUCAGAAUCCGAACUUCAUCGGCUAUAGAAAGGUCUGCACGUUUUGAAGCCAUGAUAACAGACGACAAUCACACUCAAUCAAUGUACAGCAGUGUUAUGAAAACUGAUACAGAAAUAGAUGCUGCGAUGCGUGCACGCAAUGUAUUCGUGUGCGUGCCGUAGCCAUAGAAAUUAUAAAGCUAAAAGUUGUCAUUAAGCGGCAGACAGUUGCUAAUAUCCGAAAUCCAUUAACAUUAAAGUCUGUGGGAUGGGACUGUUUCCCGUGAAAAUGUUGUUAAUAACUGAAAGGUGUCUUUAGCAGGGUUGCUAAUAACCGGCAUCUACUGUAUUACUUUCAUGAGGUGCAUUAACUGACCAUUUGAGACUAGCACAGCAAAUCACUCUGAAUUAUUGUAAACUGUACAAUUAAUAGUGCAACGACUUAAAUAAAAAGCUGUCUCAGCAUGGUCGUCUAUACACUUAACACCUGUCUCAGUUCAAAGUCAAGGUAAUCACGCCAGAAUAAUGCAUAGUGUGCAGUAUAGUAUAUUAUCAUUUUAAUCAUGUAGAAAUGCUUUUAUCAGAGAUCAUGUAGAACUGCAUUUAUCAAUAAUAUGGUCAUUUUAUUGAAUAGCGAUAUGAUUUGUAGGUGUUAUCCUCUCCAAGAGUAACAUAUAUUAACAAUAGGCCUAUAUAUUUACUGUGAUUCAUAAAAAUACAUGUUUUUAUUGUGUGGAAAGAAAACUACAAAUGUCCUUGCCUCAGUAUUGUCACAAUGCCAUGUAAUGUCAGUGCUAAAUGCCAAUAUUGACUGAACUGUUAUUGUCUAGCUGUCAUGUGCAAAUAAGAUGAGUGAGUUUGUGCUGAAAAUAAAGUGACUAUCAACAAGAA